GCGGGAUGAGAAAAACGGAAUUUAGAGAGUGAAUUCUAAUAAAAGGAAUUUUUGUAUUUUCUGAGUUUUCUUUCAACAAUGACACGGUAACACUUCACGCCAGUUUCAAGAGAUGCGUUUAUUAAAACCGAAUUGGGUUGUUCAUGAUGGAAGACCGAUAUUCUCUAUUGAUAUUCAUCCAGAUGGAUCAAGAUUUGCAACAGGAGGACAAGGAGAUGACUGCGGAAAAGUGGUUAUAUGGAACAUGGCUCCGGUAAGAGAUGAAGCAGCAGAAAAGAAUGAAAAUGUUCCAAAAAUCUUGUGCCAAAUGGACAAUCAUUUAGCUUGCGUCAACUGCGUUAGAUGGUCCCAUAAUGGUAAAUUUCUAGCAUCUGGAGGUGAUGAUAAAUUGGUUAUGAUAUGGCAGACUAGUAGAUAUUCAGGACCAUCUUCAAACUUUGGUUCUAAUAAUAAAGUAGUAAAUAUAGAACAAUGGAGACCUGUCAGUACAUUAAGAGGUCAUGCUGGAGAUGUUUUGGAUAUAGCAUGGUCACCACAUGAUGCUUGGCUAGCCUCUUGUAGUGUGGAUAAUACAGUUGUUAUAUGGAACACCAUGAAAUUUCCAGAACAAUUGGCUGUUUUAAAAGGACAUUCUGGCUUGGUAAAAGGUGUAACAUGGGAUCCUGUUGGAAAAUAUUUAGCCACACAGUCUGAUGAUAAAACAUUAAGAGUAUGGAGAACAAGAGAUUGGCAGGAAGAAUCAGUUAUAUCAGAACCAUUUAAAGAGUGUGGAGGAACAACACAUGUUUUACGUUUAGAUUGGUCACCAGAUGGUCAUUAUAUUGUAUCAGCUCAUGCUAUGAAUAACUCGGGACCAACUGCUCAGAUUAUAGAAAGAGAAGGGUGGAAAGUUACUCUGGAUUUUGUUGGUCAUAGAAAGGCUGUUACUGUAGUUCGUUUCAAUCCGAACAUUUUUGAAAAACGAAUAAAGAAAGACAGUGAUAAGUCUCAACAAUAUUCAUGUUGUGCUAUAGGCAGCAAAGAUCGCUCUAUUUCUAUUUGGCUAACAGCUUUAAAGCGACCAUUGGUUGUGACUCAUGAUUUAUUUGAGAGUUCUAUAAUGGAUAUAUCAUGGAGUAAAAGUGGUUUUGAAUUGAUAUGUUGUUCUAUAGAUGGUACAGUGGCUUAUAUUGAUUUUUCUGUAGAAGAAAUAGGCAGCUCUUUAACACAACUUGAAGUACAAACAGUUUUAGAAAAAAUUUAUGGUAAAGGUUUACCUGUACGCUCAAUGACAAACACGGGUAACCAAAUUAUUGAAUCGGCAGCCAUGUUGAAUUUACAGCAACAGAAAGAAAAAGAAGCUCAGGAAAAUAACAACAAAUUACCAUCUUCAUCUCCACAAACGCCUAAUAAAAAACAGCCAUUGGUUAAUGGUGAUGUUCCUUUUAAGCCAUUAGAUAAACAGAUAGAAACAAGAACACCUGAUGGAAGAAGAAGAAUAACACCAAUAUUUCUUGCUCCACAACCCGACUUUGGAGAAGGACCUGUACCGUUCCCGGGUAAUGAUAUUACAACUGAUUCUAAUAUAUCCUUUGCUACUAGUAAAGAUCAUAGUAAGAUCCAGGUUGAAAAACAGGAUAGAGUUACCAUUCCUGGUCUAGUUUCACCAUCAUCGAAAUCUGGUACCUCUCCACAGACAGGUUCUAAUUUAUCAGAAUCCAAACCUAGUCCUAUAACCGAUACCAAAAAGGCAGCAGCUGAUAAGAAGUCAUCAGAAGCAGCAGUCUUCCAGCCAAUGACAGCUCUAGAAAAAACACCUGAGAAAAGAGAUAAACCUAAAAUUUCAUCUAGUACACCUAUAGAUAAAUCAUCAGAUAAAGAAAAAGUUAAACACAAAGAUAAAACAAGUAGUUUGAAUUUAAAACGUAAAAAUGAUGAGAAGAGAACUGGGAAAGUUGGCAGACCUAGAAAAGAGAAAGAAUUGAGGGAAGCAGAAAAACAACUUACACCAGUUGUUACUGGAUUGCCAUUAACAGAGAGAAGUGGUAUGAGACCAUAUCAAGCAGUCAAUGAAAUAAAUCUACCAGUUCCUACUAUAGAUAAAAUAAAGUCAAUUGUGAUUUGUGGUGUUGAAGGUGAAGAGAACUUUUUAUCUUUGGAGGUAGAAAACCAGGUCCAGUGUGGUUUAGUAACGGUACAUAAACUACGAUGUGUCAAGGAUGGUGCUAUGUUAUGGGAGCAAGUUUUAACUUCUAAAAUAAAUAUAGCAGCUGGAUCAAAGUGUAUAUCUUGUGCUAGCUGUGAAGAUCAGUCAGUUCUUAUAUUUAGCGCUGGAGGACGAAAACUUUUUCCUAAUAUAGUGCUAAAUUCUAAAAUAUCAUUUUUACAUUGUUGUGGCUACUAUACUAUGGCAGUUACUCAGAAAGGCAGCUUAUAUGUAUGGAAUAUGCAAUCUAAAAGCGUGGUAAUAAAAGAUGAAAAAUUGUCUAAUAUGGUCUCCGGUAGUAUAAAAGUUGAGAAAGCUAUAUUAACACCUGAAGGACAUCCUAUUAUAACUUUAUCCAACUCUAAAUCAUACACAUUUCAACAACAACUAGCUUGCUGGGUAUUGAUACAUGAAAAUAUUAACAAUCUAAAACAGUGUUCAGAUUUUCAGUGUUGUAAACCACCAAGUGAAGGAGGAAAUAUAUCCGGCCCACUAAUGAUGUUACAAGCUGCUAAUAACAGGGCUGGUCAGCAAGCAUCCCAUACAUCUAGUAGUACUUCUACUAUACAACAGACAGCUACAAUAGGUCAUCUAGAGAAUCAAGUGGCUAUAUGUCAUGGUUUACAGUCUGUUGAUGAAUAUAAGUUCUGGUUUAUGUCUUAUGUUCGAUAUUUAGUUCAAGAAGGUUUUGAAGUUAAAUUAAGAGAAGUAUGUGAUGAUCUCCUAGGACCAGUUAUAAAGAAUAAAUUUUCAGCUUGGCAGUCUCAUGUACUGGGCGUUGAUAAACAUGAACUUUUAAAGGAAAUUCUACCAAUAAUAGGAACAAAUCUUCGAUGGCAGCGUUUGUAUACAGAAUAUCAAGAACAACUGAAUACUUCAUGAAUUUCAUAAUUCAUUUAUUUCAUAAUUGAAUCACCAAGGCAGUCCAAUGUUCAUUUAAUAUUCCAAAAAUAAUAUAUUCCUAUAGGAUGGAAGUCAUUAUUUCAUAAUAAAAAGUGAAAAUAUGUUCUUGGAGGACUUCUAGCAUCACGUGCCAAAUAAUGUGUUAAAAAAAAAGUGUAAACUUACUUAUAGUAUAGCCAAAUAUGACUUAAAGAGUAUAUACCGGUUAUCAGGAUAGCAGGAACCAAAAUGGAAUUGUAUAUAUGACAACAACUACCAAAAAUAAUUGAUGUUUAGUAUGUAAUGAACAGAAAGAACUGUAAAUGUUGUGAAUGUGUUGUAGUUUAGUUAUUUUCGAUCAAAAAAAAAUUUUUUGGAACAGAUGAGAAUUAACUGUUUAAAUCAUUAUAUGUUGUAUAAAAGUCCUACGCAUAUGUGCUCUGAAAUGAAAUCUGGCGAUACUUAUCAGAAUUUGUAUUCAUUCUUACCGAAUUCUUCCCAUUCAAUAUCUCCCACAUAAUGCACACAUAGAAAUGAUCCCCUCUAGCAAAAUUAGGCUUGGAAUUAUUAUGAAUUUGGAAUGAAAGACACUAAGGUCAUGUUUUGUCAAAGGUUGACAUCAAAUUUCAAGGCACUCCAUUUAUCUCAUCAUGUUGUUAAAAGGAAUGUAUGAUUAUCCAGUAUCAUUUAUGAUUGUCAAUAACAUUUAUUAGGGUUGUGUACUUGAUAAAUGAGCCUAUGCAUUCGUUAAACUUUUGAAGUGACAUGGGAUUAUCUGAGAAACAGAUAUGACCUAAUAUCACAAAGUUUAACCUUAUUUAUUGACACACAAUAUGGAAGAAGUUUAUAAUAAAUGUGUACUGAUUGUUCAUUAGUUUAAUAGUUUUGACAAAAUUUGGAUUUAUUUUCCAGAACAUUAGUGUCCCUAAAAAUAAUUUAUAAUAUUUAUAAACAAAUGGUUCCUAGAAUUUCCUCUUUCAAGAAUUUAUGAAAUACUGGUUGUUUCUGAAAUGUGCAUAGUUGAAAAUUGGAACAUAAUAGAUUCCAUGUGUAACCCCAAACUGGUCCGGUAGAUGUAAUUUAUCCAGAUAUACUUCAAAAAGCUUUAUUUACUUAUCUAAUAAUUUAAAAAAAUAGUUUUAAAAUUAAAUUCGCAGAAGAUAAAAAGUUGAUAUUGUGAGCUAAUAAACUCGCCCUGAUGUCAUCCCUAUCAGUGAUAUUGGUAGACAAGCGAAUAUUUACUGCUGAACAGUUUGGUGUAACCCAUGUUGUAUCCAUAAAUUUAUGGAAAAUUUGGAAAAUGUGUUCAGAAUUAAAAGGAAGUAAAAGAACAAAUGAUGUACAUGUAUUGUUACUGAUUAUGUUUAUCAUAAACACCUCUUAAUGAGUUGUAAAUAUAGAAAGUAGAAGCACAAAUGAUGUGCAUGUACUUGUUACUGGUUGUGUUUAUCAUAAACACCUCUUCACAAGUUGUAAAUAUUAGAAGUGGUAGAACAAAAUGAUGUACAUGUAUUUGUUACUUGUUGUGUUUACCAUAAACACCUCUUUACAAGUUUUAAUUAUUAGAUUAUUGCUGUAUUUAUGGUAAUCACAUGUUAGUUUACAACUUGUAAAUGUUCUUCCAGAGUAAGUCACUACUUGCAGACAUAGUUUGCAGAAUAAAAUACUAGAAACUUGAUGGAAGCAAUGCUGUUUUAGGUUGUGGACAAUUAUGUUAGUUAGUGAAUUUGACCAUUAUCUCUGACAAGGAUAAAAAAACCGAGGUCCUGUGUACACAUUGGCGUGCACGUAAAAGAUCCUUUGGCAGUUGGAAUUAGGUGUAAGAGUAAGUCUUAGCCCAGUCGGAGUAGAACAGUAGGACGUUAAACCUCAUUUCAUUUUGACCAUUAUCUAACACUAUUUAACAGUAAUAAAUUAUAGAUGAUAUUUUGAGCGUGCUAUUGUGAGCAAUAAUAAUUACGUUUAAAAUAGGUAAUCCUUGUAUAAGUAUGUGAUGGAUUCAGCUGGACAGUAUCCAUCUAUUCAUCUUACAGUACAUCUGUGUGAUAUUAUUUGUGAAAUCAGUUAGAAUAUAGUGCUAUUAUGUAAUAUAGUGUGUAAAUAUUUUCCAGUUUGGGUAGAUUUUUAUCUUUUUUUGAUAGUCCUUGCUAUAAAAGUGCAUUUGCACUUCUAUUCAAACAAAUGGCAUUAAAUAAAAGUAUACACUAUUUAUGCAUGCAAUUUGUUUUAUAUAAUUAUCCAUAAGAGUAUUAUGUUUAAUGAUAUUCAGUAUUAGGCCCGUUUUCCAUGUACGCAUUUUCGCUGGAGAAUCCAGCGAAAAAUGCCGGUCUGAUGCAAA